UCAGCGGCGGAGCUGUGGAGGGUACAGCCGCGCGGCCGAGGGCACAGUGAGCGAGCCGAGUGGAGUGAGAGAAGAGCAGAGCAGCGCCGGGCAGCCCGGGCCGCGCGCAGGGAGCGCCAGCCGCCGCUGCUCACACCUUCCGCGGCCCCCGCGGAGCCUGCCACCGUUCACUCCCUCCCCGCGUCCCCGUCCUGCCGGCCGGCCAGCUCGCCCCGCUCACCACUGUCCUCGCGGAGCUCCGAGGUCACCGGUCCGCGCCUCCGCUCCCUUGGGCCACGCACCGCCUCUACGAUCUCCUCCUUCUUCUCCCCCGGCCGGACGCCUGGCAUCGGGGACCGCUGCCUGACGCGCGAGGCCCAGCUCCACUUUCCGUCCCGCGUCUCCUCCUCCUGCCGCUCUCCCCUUCCUCCAACUCCUAUUUCAACUCCCACGCCCUCUCGCUCCACUCGCGAGCCCCGGGGUCAGCGCCCGCCACUUUUCAUCCCAUCGCGAAGGUGAGAGCGCGUCUGUCCUGCCGGCACCAUGGCACGGUUCGGCUUGCCCGCGCUUCUCUGCACCCUGGCCGUACUCAGCGCUGCGCUGCUGGCUGCCGAGCUCAAGUCGAAAAGUUGCUCGGAAGUGCGACGUCUCUACAUGUCAAAAGGCUUCAACAAGAACGAUGCCCCAACGCAUGAGAUCAACGGUGAUCAUUUGAAGGUCUGCCCCCAGGGUUAUACAUGCUGCUCUCAAGAGAUGGAGGAGAAGUACAGCCUGCAAAGUAAAGAUGAGUUUAAAGCUGUGGUCAACGAACAGUGCAAUAACUUGCAAGCCGUCUUUGCUUCCCAUUACAAGAAAUUUGAUGAAUUCUUCAAAGAACUACUAGAAAAUGCAGAGAAAUCCCUGAAUGACAUGUUUGUGAAGACAUAUGGCCACUUAUACAUGCAAAAUUCUGAGCUUUUUAAAGAUCUCUUCGCAGAGUUGAAACGCUACUAUGUGGUGGGGAACGUGAACCUGGAAGAAAUGCUAAAUGAUUUCUGGGCUCAUCUUCUGGAGCGGAUGUUCCGCCUGGUAAACUCCCAGUACCACUUCACAGAUGAGUAUCUGGAAUGUGUGAGCAAGUAUACUGAGCAGCUGAAGCCCUUUGGAGACGUCCCUCGGAAAUUGAAGCUACAGAUUACUCGUGCAUUUGUAGCAGCCCGUACUUUUGCUCAAGGUUUAGCAGUUGCAAGAGAUGUAGUAAGCAAAGUCUCUGUGGUAAAUCCCACAGCCCAGUGUACCCACGCCUUGUUGAAGAUGAUUUACUGCUCCCACUGCCAGGGUCUAGUGACUGUGAAGCCAUGUUACAACUACUGCUCGAACAUCAUGAGAGGCUGUUUGGCCAACCAAGGAGAUCUUGAUGUUGAGUGGAACAAUUUCAUAGAUGCGAUGCUGAUGGUGGCAGAGAGGCUAGAGGGCCCUUUCAACAUUGAAUCAGUCAUGGAUCCCAUCGAUGUGAAGAUUUCUGAUGCUAUUAUGAACAUGCAGGACAAUAGUGUACAAGUGUCUCAGAAGGUUUUCCAGGGAUGUGGACCCCCCAAGUCCCUCCCAGCUGGACGAAUUUCCCGUUCCAUCUCAGAAAGUGCCUUCAGUGCUCGCUUCAGACCAUAUCACCCCGAGGAACGCCCAACCACAGCAGCUGGCACUAGUUUGGACCAACUGGUUACUGAUGUCAAGGAGAAACUGAAGCAGGCCAAGAAGUUCUGGUCCUCUCUUCCUAGCAACGUUUGCAAUGAUGAGAGGAUGGCUGCAGGAAAUGGCAAUGAAGAUGACUGCUGGAAUGGAAAAGGCAAAAGCAGGUACCUGUUUGCAGUGACAGGAAAUGGAUUAGCCAACCAGAUCAGUAACCCAGAGGUUCAGGUUGACACCAGCAAACAGGACAUACUGAUCCUUCGUCAAAUCAUGGCUCUUCGGGUUAUGACCAGUAAAAUGAAGAAUGCUUACAGUGGGAACGAUGUGGACUUCUUUGAUAUCACUGAUGAAAACAGUGGAGAAGGAAGUGGAAGUGGAUGUGAGUAUCAGCAGUGCCCUUCGGAGCUUGAGUAUAACGCAACUGACCGCUCUGGGAAGAAUGCCAAUGAUAAAGCCAGCCGCGCUGGUGCCCGUAUUGGGGCACAGCCCUACCUCCUCACUGUCUCCUGCAUCUUGUUUCUGAUUAUGCAGAGAGAGUGGAGAUAAUUCUCAAUCUUAGAGAAAAUGUGUUCAUCAUCAAAAAAGUUAAAAGGCACCGGUUAUCACUUUUAUACCACCCUAGUGACUUUGCUUUUCAAAUGAAUGGACAACAAUGUACAGUUUUUACUAUGUGGCCACUGGUUUAAAAUAAUUCUGAAUUUGUUUUUUAUUCAGUUUUGUGGGGAAAAGGGACUUGUACAUAAAGUAAGUUUCUGCUUCCCCAGAAUCAUGUUAAACGUGGCUAGCGGUAUAGGUACAGAACUGUAGUUAGUUGUGCAUUUGUGAUUUUAUCACUCUCUUGUUUUUCUUUAUUGUUUGUUUUUGUUUGUGGGUUUUUUUUUUCCCUUCAGUAAUGAUCUCACCUUAUUUCUUACAAGAAAACCAGGGUUCUUUCUUGGCAUGUAACAUGUACGUAUUUCUGAAAUAUUAAAUAGCUGUACAGAAGCAGGUUUUAUUUAUCACGUUAUCUUAUUAAAAGAAAAAGCCCAACAAGCAGUCAAAUUUACGUUUAUCCCUGUUGUUUUAGUUGCCUUAUCUGGAGAGAAGAGGAGGUGAUUUUCUUUUUUUAUUAUUAAGUUAGGACAGAAUGUGAAGGCACAAGGGGGUUUCUAAUCCACUUGCCAGGUUGUAUUCAAGCAUCAAUACAAGAAAAAUGUUAUGUUUCAUUUCUAGCUGGUGACUGGAAGAGACUGCAGACUACCCCUUUUGGUUGAGUCGAAUUACAUAAAUUAAGAUCACAUAUAGGUUCAUUCCUUGAACCCUCUUAAAGUAUAACCCAUUCAGAAGAUUCUUGAUACAUUUUCCCUAGAAAGAUCUAAGGCCAUACAGGACGUCCCAGUUGUCACAUGUUCACACUUUUUUUUACAGGUGGGUUUUGUUUGUUUUGUUUGUUUUUUUAUUUUGUUUUGUUCUCAUCCAGGCAAGUUAGCAAGCCACUGUGUGCUAGUCUUCAUGUCCAUACAUGAUCCUCUUUGAAUUGGUAUCCCAGUGGCAGAAAAAAGUGACCAAGUAUCUCAUUUGAUUCGCAUUGUUACAGUAUCUGAGAUUUCAAACCCAGCAGUACAGAGAGGAGCUCUGUGGAGGCUAGUUGAAAUUGGAGUGGGUACAGCCAGUGCUCAGGGAAUUGCAUUAACACUUGAGCAAAAUUUUUAUCUGUGCAUUUGUAUUUGCAUUCAUUUUGGGAUUCCAGUUUUUUAAAAGAAUUUCUAAGGUUCUGAUUUGAGUCUUUCGUGCCUAGCCCCCUAUGAUCAGAAAGGCAAAACACUUUCAGUGGUUCAUAGCUGUGUGCUACCCUAUCAACCAAGAGGCCCACUUGGGGGAGAUCUGGGUGUCCAGAUUUUUUUUCAUGUUUUGUGUUUUUGGAGGGGAGGUAGUAGGGGUAGGUAGAGCUGAGAAGAGAACAUCUUAGCAGUGACCCUUAGCCAUGUGGGUGAACUGGCAAACACCGUAUCUUUUUGUCUCAGGCCAAAGACUAACAACUGCCUUGUCCCCUUAGGAAACGUUCCCUUGUGUCCUUACCAAAUGACAGCUCAUAAAACUAUGAGAAUGUGACAAAUCACUUUAAAAAGAGUUUCCAAAAGUCUUCAGAAAGAAGAAAAUUCUGCAAGUCUCUUCCUGCUUUAGACAACCAUUAAGAUCCCAAUCAUUUCUACAGAAAUUAAAACCCACAGAGAGGUUGUUUGUGUUAUUGUUCAAUCUUCAGUUGUAAGAGUAAUUCUCUAUUUUUAUAUUGAAACAUAAUUACUUGAUAGCUCAGGGUCUACAUUUCAUUCAACUUUUUACACCAAAUUCUGCAUAAUGGUCAAAAUGGAAUAUUGGGGGCUGUUGUAAACAGAGGCUUAAUUUUAUUAGAAGUAGCCAGUUAUUUA